AUGGCUUAUGGGGAUUUUUCAGACAUCUGUCUGAAGACACCACUUCCGUUAUGUUCCGUGGUGAAAUCUACCACUCAUAUGGUUCUGUCUAAUUCGACUACAAUGCACAACUUUGACCCGACCAAUAUGAAUGUUGGAAUCCUGCCUCGGUGCUACGCAAGAUCAAUCGACGUGGCAAAUACUGUGAUCUUUGGGAUUGGCAACGCUUUCGUUAACAUCGGCGCGCUGGUCGUGAUCUUGAUCAUCAUGUACAAUGUCAGACAAAAAUAUACAGCGAUAGGAAGAUCGGAAUACUUGUAUUUCUUCCAAUUGACCCUACUGCUGAUCAUCUUCACGCUGGUGGUCAACACUGGGGCCUCGCCACCGGGAUCUGGAUCUUACCCAUACUUCGUGGCGAUUCAAAUAGGCUUAGCUGGUGCAUGUUGUUGGACGCUUCUUAUAAAUGGAUUUUUAGGCUUCAACCUGUGGGAGGAUGGUACCAGGAAAUCGAUGUUGCUUGUUCGAGGUUCAUCGGUUCUAGGCUUCAUCGGAAACUUUCUGGCCGCUAUCCUAACAUUUGAAGCGUGGAUCGAGCGAGGUAAAAUAGACCCGAUGAACACAGUGGGGUUGUUUACCAUGGUUUAUGUCGUAAACGCGAUCGUUCUUGGCAUCUAUACCAUUUGUCAGCUCUUGGUCUCAUUUUUCGUUGUACGCAGCUUGUGGGUGACUGGUGCGAUUAUGCUUGGUGUGUUCUUCUUUGUCGUGGGCCAGAUUAUUGUAUUCGCCGUCUCGGAUAUCCUGUGCCAAAAGGCCAAUCAUUACAUUGAUGGCCUUUUUGUCGGAAGUUUGUGUAAUCUGUUCACGCUGAUGAUGGUCUAUAAAAUCUGGGAUAUGACUACUGACGAUGACUUGGAGUUCAGCGUCAGCGUCAGCAAAGAAGGCGCCGUCAUACAUAGCAAUACAUUAAGAUAG